UACCGCCGAGAAAGGUGCAGCCUUUAGAAAGUUUACCCCCUAGUUGUGCUUCCUCCCGGUUGCCGUGGCCGACGCAGGGGUGGAUAUCCGAAGGCUUCCUGGCUCCGGGCAGGCAGUGAGAUGCCGGGCGGAGGCCGCUGCCCCGACUGCGGCUCCGCGGAGCUCGUGGAAGACUCGCACUAUUCGCAGAGCCAGCUGGUGUGCUCCGACUGCGGCUGCGUGGUCACCGAGGGCGUCCUGACGACCACCUACAGCGACGAGGGCAACCUCCGAGAAGUCACAUAUUCCCGAAGCACAGGGGAAAAUGAACAAGUGAGUCGUAGCCAGCAACGAGGUCUCCGCCGAGUGAGAGACCUCUGUCGAGUUCUGCAGUUGCCACCAACGUUUGAGGACACAGCAGUUGCCUACUACCAACAGGCAUACCGGCACUCUGGCAUCCGUGCUGCCAGGCUGCAGAAGAAGGAGGUAUUGGUCGGGUGCUGUGUUUUAAUCACCUGCCGGCAGCAUAACUGGCCGCUAACCAUGGGCACCAUCUGCACCCUACUGUAUGCAGACUUGGAUGCAUUUUCUGGCACCUACAUGCAGAUUGUGAAGCUUCUGGGGCUGGACGUGCCGUCUCUGUGCUUGGCAGACCUGGUGAAGACCUACUGUAGCAGCUUCAAACUGUUCCAAGCCUCCCCGUCUGUGCCAGCCAAAUAUGUGGAAGACAAAGAGAAGAUGCUGUCGCGCACGUUGCAGUUGGUGGAGCUGGCAGAUGAGACGUGGCUGGUGACUGGGCGGCAUCCCUUGCCUGUCAUCACAGCUGCUACUUUCCUGGCUUGGCAGUCGCUGCGGCCUUCAGAUCGUCUGACGUGUUCCCUUGCCCGAUUUUGUAAAUUGGCAAAUGUGGACCUGCCCUACCCUGCUUCCUCCCGCCUGCAGGAGCUGCUGGCUGUGCUGCUGCGGAUGGCUGAGCAGCUGGCCUGGCUGCAGGUUCUGAAACUUAACAAACGGUCUGUGGUGAAGCACAUCAGUGACCUUCUGCAGCACCGCCGCACGUUGGUCCGCAAGGCCUUUCGAGACGGCACAGCAGAGAUGGAGGCCCAGGAGGAGGAGCGGCAGGGGCAGGGGCAGGGACAGGGGCGGGGAAAAGAGGAAGGGGGCAGUAGUUCCUUAGAUUUGUCUGAGGGGAAGCGAGGAGCUAGUCCUGCCCUUCUCCUCCCGCCCUGCAUGUUGAAGCCCCCGAAGCGGAUCCGUCCCACACCCUCUGUCUCCACGGUCACCGGAGAUGAGAACAUUUCUGAUAGUGAAAUAGAGCAGUAUUUGCGUACCCCUCAGGAAGUUAGGGACUUUCUAAAAGCCCAAGCUGCUAGACAGGCUGCUGUGAGUGUUCCCAACCCUCCCUGAUGCACAUCUGGGGGCCACUUCACGCCAUUCUGACAGCAGCUUGACAAUAGGCCUGUCAUAUCCAGAGAAAUGAGUGUGUACAAGUCCUUAGGUAUUGUCUUGUCUUGUUUAAAGGAACCAAGAGGGGCUCUGCAGUUCAUUGGGUUCAGGUCCUGGAGCAGAAGUCAGAAGGAAUGCAGGGAGGCCUAGGUUGGAGGGAGUCCCAGCCCUUGGUGCCAGAGAGUGGGUUGCAUAUACUCAUAUUCUGUGGGAUGGCUUUCCUCUUAGACUGCUGGGAGAGUGUCAGGCUGGCUCCUGCUCCUGGUUUGAAUUGGAUACACUGCUGCUGCAGGCCUGGUGGGGCUUCCCUGCUGGUGUGGAGCAGUUGGCAUUUCCAACAGUAUCAGCUCUCAGAGGACAGGACCUGGGCAACUCUCGGCCCUGUGUCCAUUCACAGGUGUUGGUGGGUUCAUGUGUAUUGUGUCAUGAGAUCUUCUCCUUCAUAACAAAAGGACCGUGGGUGGACUAAGGUUAUAGCUCAAAGGGCUUUGCAAAAUUUUAAUAUAUUAAAACAAGAGGCAUCUGCUAGAAAACAUUCUAUUGUAUAAAACCCGAGCUUUUAAAAACAUGUUUUCUUUGGCACUUUUCAUCCCCCCCUCCCCUUUCCCCAGCGUAUUGCAAAAAG